AUGCAGUCCAGCAGCAGCAUGGACCCGCGCCUUGUCCAGCCGAUGCGCACCAUAGACACGUUCGAAGCCAGCGCCGGCGCGACACUAGCAAGCAUAACACGUACGCUCAACAAGCAAAAAGAGGCGAAGCGCCAAGCAAAAACGCACUGCACUUUUUGCGAUAGAGAUGACAGCGACGGACCGCUUAAAAGCUGCUCGCGCUGCAAAGCGGCGCGUUACUGUGACCAGGCCUGCCAAAUAUCGGACUUCAAGGGGCGGCACAAACGCGAGUGCGCCAAUUUUGUGCACCCACCGACUACGAGCGCAUUCCUCACAAAACCCAUCUCCGGGGAGCGGUACCCCUUACAACCCGUCUUCGCGCACUGGCACGAGGAUGGUGUCGGUUGCUGGGUCACCGUUGCAGGGUGUAUCGAUUGCAGCUUGCAGUGCCCGACGAUGCCUCUCGACCUGGGCAUGCUCAGGGACCGCCAACAGCGCUCUGCAAACCGCGAGAUUGUCCACACUUACAAGACCGCUGAGCGCAGUUUACUGGAUCUCCGCGUCCUCGUGCAGAACCGCCGCAAGGACAAGACACCUAUACUGGUCUUCGGCUCGCGCGCACAAGUCUUGAGUGAGCCAUCGUCGACCUCCGCGGUGUUGCGCGGUGCGGCUGAGGGCGAUAACAAUGUGAAGUUCAUGCAAGACAAAGUGCCUCGUGUAGCUCUGGGUGUUGCAAACGACCCUUGGUACAAAGCGCCGCGGUUGGGCAUCCCACACAUGAACGGGGCCGAGGUUAAGAAAGGCGCGCCUCUACCCGAAAACAUCAAGGACCCCAAAGAAGGCACAAUCCUCCUCAACACGGGGGAGUACGUGAUUAUUCAGCUACAGUUUCGCGUUGGGGACGAUGACAGGAUCUUCAAGGACUGGGUGGCCCUCGGCGCCCUCGAGGCCAUCUUCCUCCCUUGGGCGCCCUGGGACGGCACCACCACACCCGCCGCGCUCGCCGCCUCCCUACCCACCGCACAGGUCCCCGCCAGCGGGGCGGAAGGCAGCCGGCUGUUACGUGCACCGUUCGACCAGCGCGCCGUGCGCACGCACUACGCGGACUUCAUCGAGCACGGCGAGGAGGCGUAUAUGCGCAGCCACUUUGGGGACGCGCGGGCGGACAUGUCGCGCAGCAUCGAUGACAUGCUGACCAUGAUGGGCCGGCUGUUUGGCUGGAACGGCGCGCAAGGAGAAGACACGGAGCUGAUGGAGCAGCACCUGAGGGAUAUUGGUAUGGGCGACAUUGCGGACUCGUUCGCGUCGCAGCGGUGA